GUUUAUCAGAUACAGUGCAGACGCUGCUAUCGGGAAUGGCUUCCAGAGUUGGCAAUGUCUUCUACCUUCUCUCCGAUUCGCUCUCUUUGUCGCGGCCCUUUUCGCUGUCGGGGAAGCUAAGCUGCUGCAAUCUCCUCACCUAAUUGUUUGUGGAGCUUUCGCUUUCAGUUCCUCUAACUCCCCAUUCUUUCAUUUAAUCCUGAAGCAUUCAUUUCGCAUUCCAUUUGUUUCUACACUGCGGUUCUUGGGUUUGGAGGAAGUUCGGAGCUCAUUUGGUCUGGAAAAAAGAUGCCUUUGGUGAGAGUGGAGGUGAGGAAUGAAUACGCGCUCGGAGCGCCGGAGUUGUACAGGGAAGCCAGUAAGGAAGAUCCGAAGGAGAUUCUCGAAGGAAUCACCGUCGCCGGUCUCGUCGGAGUUCUGCGUCAGCUUGGUGAUCUCGCUGAGUUUGCCGGAGAAGUUUUCCAUGGCUUGCAGGAAGAAGUGACAAAAACAUCUUCCAGAAGCCGGAAGUUGAUGGAUCGUGCUCAACGAAUUGAAGCUGCACUUUCACCUCUUGAGAAGGUCGUGCUUUCGCAGAAGAGCCAUUUGCACUUUGCAUAUACAGCUGGCGUCAAUUGGCAUACACGCAUCCGAAGUCGACAUAGUCAUUUUUUGUACAGUGAAGUGCCUCCAUUUAUUAUGGACACUUAUGAAGACUGUCGUGAUCUUCCAAAUCUGCACUUGCUCGAUAGGUUUGACACCGGUGGCCCUGGAUCUUGCUUGAAAAGGUAUUCAGAUCCAACCUUUUUCAAGAGAUCAUCUGUGGCAUCUGGCGUGGUUAGUGCUAAGAAAAUCUCAAAAGAUAAAAAGAGUCGCAGGUUUAAGCAGAAAAGAAGGUCAUGGACCAGCAAUGGAGAAGUAUCACGGGAUGCAUCAUUUUCUCAUAACAGUGGCAGAAUGCAAUUUACUCAGCUCAAUAUUGGCGGGCAUCCUUCGCCGACACCAACAGCAACAACAUUAAGAUCAGAGUUGGAUGAACAAUCGAAUUUAGAUUUGAAAAACGGAUCUGGCUACACUGAAGGUGAUUCCCAACCUAGUUACUCAGUGCAGCAUGAAGAGCCAGAGUCCAGAGAAUCCAUGUCUUCUCCUGUCAUGAGGCGCAACAGUGAUUUCCUAGACUAUGAUUUUCUUAGAGAGAAAACAGCAGAUGCAUGCGUCGAUAUUAAUCUGUCUCAAGAUCAGUCUGCUAGUUUGUCUUCUGUCACUUGGGAUGAAAAUGGAGAGACGCUUGAUCAUAUCAGAAGGGAGUCUAAUGGUGAUGUCGUGAUUCCGGACAAUCAUAAUGGACUUGUAGAGUCAUUUUCUCCAAAUCUUAAUCUGGAAACCAUAGGUGAUAAUGCUCUUGAACUUGAAGCAAUUGAGAAGAUGGAUGUCCAGCCACGAACCAUGCUGGCAACUGCAGAAAGUACUGAUACUCAUCUCGACGAUAUUGAGAGUGAAACUGAUCAAUUUAUGGAUGCACUUAAUACCAUCGAGUCAGAAAGUGACACUGAUGCUGACUUGGGUAAAAAGAAAGAGCUACAGCAAUACUCAAACUUGGAGGAUAACAGAGUACGUGGUAUAGUAUGCCAGACUGAGGGACAGAAUUUGGAGUUUCAAUAUUCGAGUCUUGAAUGUAAUAUUCAGGCCAAUGAUUCUCUUACUUCUCUGGCCGAUACAAGCUGUGGACAUCUCGAUUCUGUGUCUCUGAAAUCUCCUCAGGAAGCUAAUGGUUUAAUCAAUGGAGUAGCCAGAAAAGACGAGUCGAUUGCAGCCUCCUUGGAUGAAAGGGCCUUACAAUUGACUCAAACAGAGGCCGUGUCAUCAACUCCAGGCAGUCCGCACCAAGCAAAAGAUGAGUUUAUCUCAGCCUCGGCCGAGAAAGCCUUACAGUUGUCUCAAACUGAUGCCAUACCAUCAGUUCCUGGCAGUCCUCCCCGCCAAGCUAAAGAUGAAUUUAUCCAUGUCUCUGUUGAAAAGACCUUACAAUUGUUUCAACCAGAAGCCGUGUCAUUAUCCCCAGGCAAUCGUCUGCACCGGACAAAAGAUAAAUAUGAAUUUAUCCCUGCCUCUAUUGACAAGACCUUACAAGUGUCGCAAAUGGAUGCUGUGCCAUCAACUCCAGGCAGUCCUCCGCACCAGGCGAAGGAUGAAUUUAUCUCAGUCGCAGUUGACAAGGCCUUAAGAGUUUCUCAAACAGAUGCCAUGUCAACAGCUCCAGGCAAUUCACUUGUGGCGGAAGAUGCCCAUGACUCAGGUUCUUCGGUUAAUAAGACUCUAAAUUCAUCUCAGAUGAACGGCAUCUCAUCAAUUGCAGGCGGUCCAUUCCAGGCAAAAGAUGAUGUAAGUUCCAUCCCCAAACUUGAUAAAACUUUACAGCCAUCUGGAAUAGAUGGGUUCUCAAUGAUUCCAGACAAUCCACAGAGUGUUGAUACUGAGAAGAAUGGCAGCAUCAUUUCUGGGAACAAUGUAGAAUCAGUUUCAUGUUCUGUAUCACCAAAUGUCAAAGACAGAAAGUCAAGGAUGCCAAUUAGUGAUGGAACGAGCAGUCUUGAGUCUCAGAAACAUGGAUCAGACACUUCUAGCAUCUCUUCGGUUACAUUCUGGACUAAUGGUGGGUUGUUGGGACUUAUGCCUUCAAAACCACCUGAUUUUAGCGGAGGGAAUGGUAUCCAACAAGAUCCAGUUGGCAAAAAUGUUAACUCACAUCAUCAGUCGGAGAACAUCAUAAGUACUGAAGAGGGUCAUGAUAUGAGUAGCUCUAACAGCCAUGAAUACCAAGAAUGUGCUGCAUCAUCGAGGAAGCCAUCAUGGAAAAUCUCACCUGCUGCUUUGAAUAUUGAUCUCAGUAAAUUGGGAUCUUCACUUCAUUCAAAUACCAGUUCUAUUGGCUCAAGUGCACCAGCAUCUGGAAAUCAUAUAUCUGUCAAUUCAGCAUUCCCGACUAUCAGAAAUGGAAGUUCACCUCAAAUGUUGGGAUUCAGCAGUGGGCUGCAACCAAAUGGUUCAAAUAAAAAGUUGCUGCCUGGUGGGGAUGAAAAUUCCCAUGCCGUUGGCUUACAGCGUGCUAAUAAUGGAUUUGAGCAGAAAAACCAUCGAAGUGCUGCAUUUGGUAAAUAUUCUGGACAAAACAAAGGUCUUUGUGGUGAAUCUCCUAGGUUAUCACCUUCUUCGUCACCACCACUUCAGCACAUGAAGAUAUCAUUUCAACCCAUGGAUGGGUUUGAGACGUCAAAGCUGAAGCUAAAGUUCCCUGAAGGAAACACUAAUAGCAGAAGUGCUGGUGAUAUAUUUCCUUCAUUUCAGUUGGUCCCAGAGAACCCCAUCACACGGCACGAUGUUGGCUCUGACUCAGAUGACGACACAUUCUAUAGAUCAUCACCUUCUGUAUCAGAUGAUUGUCGAAGUGUUCAGUCUGAGUCAAAUUCUGAGCAGUGGGAAUCAAGCGGAUCCCCUCCUAGCAAGGACCCUGAAUUGUAUGAUGCCCUUCGCAGGAUCUCAUUGACAGAGUCUGUGUCAAGUGUUCCAGAAAAAGCUAGGAGAAGCCAUGAAGACAUCCACAACAGCUGUGAGUUUCCGACUGUUGGAACUAGCUCGCAAAAUUCUCAGUCUUCUCAAAUGUUUGAUCAUCAAAGUUCAGGGUCCUUAGGUCACUCGUUUAGGAAAGAGUUAAGAAAUGGCGCCAGCCAAAAGAGCAUUGUGAAGCCACAGUUUGAAUCUUCCCCUGAACCUCCACCUCUUCCCCCAGUUCAAAGGCAAGAUAUGACGCCCCAUGUCGAUGGCGCAAGAAGCCAGCUUGAUACAAUGCCUGAAGAUUCUUAUUAUGGAUAUCAUCGUAAACAUUUGUCAACCACAAUUUCCCAGCCUAAACCAGCUCCUUCUAAUGGAGAUCACAUUGAUAUCGAAAAUCUGCAGAAAUGCAAGUCUACACCUGUGACAAAUGGACAAAGGGAAACUUUUCAGGGCAAGAGCAUUAAUGAAACAGGGGACUUCCUGCAACAAAUUAGAAUGAGAUCAUUCAAUCUACGGCCAACUUUUAUAGACAAACCUACUCCACCGCCGGCCGAGGUCUCAUCUCAUGUUCAAGUCACCGCAAUUCUGAAGAAGGCAAAUGCAAUACGCCAGGCUGUCGGAAGCGACGAAGACGACGGGGGUUGGAGCGAUACUUAAAAGCCCAGCUCCGGUUAUUCAGAAGUGAAAUUCAGCAACCAAUGUGGUACAUAUCAGUCAAUAACCCUGUUUUAAUUCUUUCAUGUGAUUAAAUCAUCUAUGUGUAGGCCUUUAUUUUAUUUUUCCUUCUGUGUCGAAAACAAGGCUUUAGCAUGAAUUAGGUGGAAAAUCAGAGGCUGUGUUAAACUUCAUAUGCAAUGCUUGAGUUGAAUGUGAAAUCCUACUUUUAUUUCACAA